CACAACUAACGUCUCGCAGUGAUGACGUCACAACACGCGCGUUCUUGCGCUCAUUCCAGCACGUCUUCUGAGGAAUUCACCAAUGCUGGAUUGUUUUCAUCAUUUUACAAGUGAAGAUUAGAGAACAAUGAGAACAUGAGUGAUCCAGAACCCUGCAGAAUAAAUCACAAAGAUACUGCAAAGCAAGGAGACCUAAUGGAAGACAGUGAGGAGAGUGAAGAACUGAGUGAGGCAGAGGAGAAACAUCAUGUCAAAACUAGUGAGAAAUCUUUGAGUUGCUCACAGACUAAAAGUAAUUUAUUGAAAGGAAGAGCCAAAAAGUCUUUCACCUGCCAUCAGUGUGGGAAGAGUUACACAGUAAAAGGAACCCUGGCAAUACACAUGAGAAUCCACACUGGAGAAAAUCUGCACACAUGUGAUCAAUGCGGAAAGAGUUUUCCGAUAAAAUCAUACCUUAAGGAUCACAUGAGAAUCCACACUGGAGAGAAGCCGUAUUCAUGUGAUCAGUGCGGAAAGAGUUUUACAAUGAAAGGAACCCUUAAGGAUCACAUGAGAGUUCACACUGGAGAGAAGCUGUACGCAUGUGAUCAGUGUGGGAAGAGUUUUGCAUACAGACACAGUCUUAAAAGUCACACGAGAGCUCAUAGUGGAGAGAAGCCGUACACAUGUGAUCAAUGUGGGAAUAGUUUCACAAGUAAAAGAUCUCUUAAUGAACACAUGACAAUCCACACUGGAGUGAAACCACACACAUGUGAUCAAUGUGGGACGAGUUUCAGACAAAAAGCAGCCCUUAGGGAACACAUGACCAUCCACACUGGAGUGAAGCCGUUCGCAUGUGAUCAGUGUGGAAAGAGUUUCAGAAAGUCAUGCACUCUUAAAAUACACCUGCGUCGUCAUUCUGGAGAAAGACCAUUUACCUGUGAUCAGUGCGGUAAAACUUUUUUUAGGUCAGAUGCACUGAAGGACCACCUAAAAGUUCAUACAAAGGAGAAGCCUUACUUGUGUUCUUUGUGUGGAAGGAGUUUUAGUCAGUCGGGUACUUUAAAAUUACAUCAGAAAAGACACAACAGUGUGAAGGAGCAUAUGUGUUUUGAUUGUGGGAAGACUUUUGUUAGAGAUGCUGAACUGAAACUGCACCAGAGCACUCACACUGGAGAAAAACCUUUCAAGUGUUCUCACUGUGACAAGAGAUUCAGAUGGUCAGAUUAUCUGAAAAAACAUGAGAGGAUCCACACUGGAGAAAAACCUUUCAAGUGUUCACACUGUGACAAGAGAUUCAAAUGGUCAGAAUAUCUGAAAAAACAUGAGAGGAUCCACACUGGAGAGAAACCGUAUCACUGCAGUCAGUGUGGGAAGAGUUUCACUCUGUCAUCUUCUUUACUCAGUCAUACAAAAAACAAAUGUCUGAAAUCAUGAACUCAUAUCUGAAUUAUUCUUUGGAUCCAGCACAUUUAAUCGUGACCGUGUCCUCAUCAAACAUGACCCAAUAAAACAAGCAAUAAAGUCGAUCUCUUCUAUAUAAAUCUGCUCUAACCAGCAACAAGCAGCGACAGAACAACAAAACAUCAUCUGGGGGUUGUUUCAUAAAAGACGCUAAGAAAAGCGGGGAUUAAAGUCCAAAACCUGACUUGAAACAACCUAUCAAAUCAAUCGGGACUAAAGCGGUUUCAUAAAUGACCAUUAAGGUUCACACAAUCUCACUAAUUUGAUCCACGUUCAAUAAUUUGAUGUUCACGCUUAUUCUUAAGCAGCCCUUUAAUGUCCAUCAUUGAUCAAUCGAUCCACCAUGGCAAACAGCGAAUAUAUUUGUGCUGUUUAAUGCAUUUGAGACAUGUUUUCCACAGUGCAUAAUGGACAUGUCACAGUUAUAUUCUUCAUCUGUAAAUGUUAGAAAGUCAUGCAAAUAUAUCCAUUUUGCUGUCAGGAGUGGGCGAGGCUUGCACGAGUGAACGAGCGCCGCUGCACGCAUGUGCACUAAAUAGACAGACUGCAAUCGAAUAAUAGCGCAAUAAUUUUGAGUAAAAUAUAUAUUUUGUUAAAAUAUUUGUUGUUGGACAUUUAAUGUGACAAAUGUAGAAUUUUAGUCUUACAUAUAAGUGUAUUUUUAUGAUAGCAGUAACCAGGGGUGUGGACUCAAGUCACAUGACUCGAGGCUUGACUCGGACUCGAGUCCCAAAUUUGAUGACUUGCGACUCGACUUGACAUAAUUAAAGAAGACUUGAGACUCGACUUAGACUUUCACAGCAAUGACUCAAAAUUUGACUUGGACUUGAGCCCUGUGACUCGGAAAGACUUUAUGAUUUUACAUAUUUUAAUUGC